AUGUCCGACACCGAGAAGAACUCCGGCGCCGGCAAGGCCAAUUCGGGCUGGACGGACAAGGAGCGACUCGUCUACUUGAUCGGUCUCCUCGAGAACUCGGGCACCAAACUCGACUUCAAGAACGCCCCGCGCCCCAAUGGUCGUAGCGAGAUCGCGUGCGAGCGCAUGGUCGGCCGACUCAAGACCGCUUACAAGGCCGAGCUGGACGCACUGAAGGCAGGCCAGCACUUGGACGGCGGCGACGCUGCGACCCCAAAGAAGCGGGGAUCCAAGGCCAAGGGAACUGGUGGCGACGACGAGGGUACCCCCAAGACUCCGAAGCGCAAGGGCAAGACGGCUGUCGAGGACGGCGGCUCCCCCAAGAAGAAGGGCAAGAAGACGGAUGCGACGGCGGAGGUCAAAGAUGAGCUUGCCAUGUCUUCGCUCGCUGGCGCCUUCCGUCACCUGCACCUUGCGCCGCACCUCGUCACCCAACGCCGUCGCUUCACCACGGACCCCAUGCCGGCCGAACACCAUGGCGAGCACGACACCCGCUCCAAGCGCAAGCAGCCGCCCACGCCCUCGAGCGAGCGGCCCAUGAAGCAGAUCAAGCCCGAGGCCACCCACGCCCGCAACGGCACCUACGCUGCUGCCGAGUCCGAGCCCCUCGCGCGCGACCAGUCCCCGACGCCCAGCAUGGACAUUGACGAGUUUGUGCCGCCGCAGAUUGCCGCCGCGGUCCACGACACGGCCGAGUGGCAGAGGACCAUCGAGACGGUCGUGAAGAGCGUCGUGUCCAUCCACUUCUGCCAGACGUGCUCCUUCGACACGGACCCGGCGGUUGCGAGCGAGGCCACGGGCUUCGUUGUCGACGCCGAGCGCGGAUACAUUCUCACAAACAGGCACGUCGUCGGAGCAGGGCCCUUCAUCGGCUACUGCAUCUUUGACAACCACGAGGAGUGCGAUGUCUUCCCCGUCUACCGCGACCCCGUGCACGACUUCGGCAUCCUCCGCUUCGACCCCAAGGAGAUCAAGUACAUGCCCGUCACCGCGCUCGAGCUGCACCCUAAGAAGGCACAGGUCGGUGUCGAGAUCCGCGUCGUUGGUAACGAUGCCGGCGAGAAGCUCAGCAUCCUGUCGGGUGUCAUCAGUCGGCUCGACCGCAACGCGCCCGAAUACGGCGAGGGCUACUCGGAUUUCAACACAAACUACAUUCAGGCUGCAGCCGCCGCAAGUGGUGGCAGUUCGGGCAGUCCGGUGGUCAAUGUGAACGGCCACGCGGUCGCGCUACAGGCUGGCGGGAGAGCCGACGGCGCUGCGACCGACUACUUCCUGCCCCUCGACCGGCCGUUGCGCGCGCUGGAGUUGAUCCGGGAAGGCAAACCCGUGUCGCGAGGCACCAUCCAGACGCAGUGGAUACUAAAGCCCUUUGACGAGUGCCGCCGCCUCGGCCUCUCGCCGGACGUGGAGAAGGCUGUGCGAACACAGUUUCCAAAAGAGACGGGCAUGUUGGUGGCCGAAGUCGUUCUCAAGAAUGGUCCCGCGUCAAAACACGUCGAGGAGGGUGACGUCCUGGUCAAGGUCAACGGCGAGCUUCUCACCCAGUUCGUGCGCCUGGACGCUGUCUUGGAUGAUAGUGUUGGCGGCAAGGUAUCUCUUACCAUACAGCGUGCAGGCGAGGACCUCGAAGUGGAAUUGGACGUUACCGAUCUCCAUGCUAUCACUCCGGACCGAUUCAUAUCCGUGGCGGGUGCCUCCUUCCACGACCUUUCCUACCAGCAGGCCCGAUUGUACGCCAUUUCGCUCGAAAACGCCGGUGUCUACGUGUGCGAAGCUGCUGGCUCUUUCCGUUUUGCUGAAGGUUUCACAUCUGGAUGGCUCGUCCAAGAGGUCGACAACCAGCCCACGCCCAAUCUGGAGGCGUUCAUCGAGGUCAUGCGGAAGAUUCCGGACCGGAAACGAGUCGUCAUGGUGUACAAGCACCUGCGCGAUCUCCACACCGCCAACACCAGCAUCACUACCAUCGAUCGGCAUUGGCACGCAAAGAUGAGGGUCGCCAAGCGAAAUGACGAGACUGGUCUUUGGGACUUCACUACGAUAGCCGAUGCUAUUCCCGCUGUACCCAAUGUUCCUCGGAAAGCGAACUUCAUCAAGCUCACUUCGAACUUCCCUGCUGCCGUGGACAUCAUCCGCAGCUUCGUGCGCGUGCACGUUCACAUGCCGAUCAAGCUCGACGGUUUCCCCAAGAGCAACAAGCAAGGCUACGGUGUCGUCGUGGAUGCUGAACAGGGUCUCGUCCUCGUCUCGCGAGCUCUCCUUCCCUACGAUCUUUGCGACAUCUCCCUCAUCAUCGCAGACUCAAUCUUUGUUGACGCAAAGGUUGUGUUUAUGCACCCUCUCCAGAACUACGCCAUCAUAAAAUACGACACGUCACUCGUCAACGCGCCGGUCAAGACACCCAAGUUCGCGACUGAAUUCAUCAAGAAGGGUGACGAGACCAUUUUCUUCGGCAUGAACCAAAACUUCAGGCCGGUUGUGACCAAGACAAGCGUUACGGACAUCAGCACCGUAGCGAUUCCUGCUAGCGCCGUUACGCCAAGGUACCGCGCUACCAACUUCGACGCCAUCACCGUGGACACGAACCAGGCCUCGCACAGCCACUCCGGCGUGCUGGUCGCCGAAGAUGGCACAGUGCAAGCGCUCUGGCUUUCCUACCUCGGCGAGCGCACCUCGCAAUCCGGAAAAGACGUAGAGUACCACCUUGGCCUCGCGGUUCCCAUGAUCCUACCCGUCCUCGAACAGAUUAGGAGCGGAAAGACGCCUAAGCUACGCAUCCUCAACGUCGAGUUCCAGACUGUGCAGAUGAGCCAGGCCAGAGUAAUGGGCGUGCCGGAAGAAUGGAUCGAGAAGACGGAGCACGAGGAUCCGGAGCGGCAUCAGCUGUUCAUGGUGCGCAAGGUGGACUCUGGACACGAAGGCGGCCUCAUGGAGGGCGACGUCCUGCUCACGCUCAACGGCAAGCUUAUCACGCGCGCCCCGGACCUCGACGUCAUGUAUGACCACGACUUCCUAGACGCCGCCAUCGUGCGCAAACGCCAGGAAGUCACCCUCAAGGUGCCCACCGUCGCGACUGAGGACCUCGAAACCGCGCGCGUCGUCAACUUCUGCGGCGCCACCCUGCACCGCCCGCACCAGGCUGUCCGCCAGCAGAUUUCCCGCAUCCACUCGGACGUCUACAUCUCCUCCCGCUCGCGCGGCAGCCCCGCGUACAUGUACGGCCUCGCGCCCACCAACUUCCUGACUCACGUCAACAAUGUGCCCACGCCCGACCUCGACAGCUUCCUGCGCGAAGCCAAGAAGAUCGCCGACAAUGAGUAUUUCCGCCUCAAGGUCGUUACCUUUGACAAUGUGCCGUGGGUCGCGACGAUGAAGAAGAACGAGCAUUAUUUCCCGACUAUUGAGUACCUCAAGGACAGCGAGGAGGAGUUGGGCUGGAAGAAGAUUAUUCAUGAAGCGGAUGCGGGUGGUGCGAGGGAGGAGAUUGCGCCGGCGGAGGUGGAGGGGGGUGGGGAGGAGAUGCCCUUCCUCGCAGGUCUCGAGACCGCAGCUCUAAUUAGCGGUCUCGCCCUCUCAUCCGGCAUCGCCAUCCCCUGGAUCACGACCGUGGAGAGACGCGAGUUGCGCGACGAGAACGCGGCGCUGCGUGCGCAGGGCCGGCGCGAGAUAUCAUAUGGGAAGUACCUUUGGCGGAAGAUUUGGCAUGGGGAGAAACUCUCUCGCGUGACUGGUGGUGAUGUCGAGAGUGAAUAG